AUGCUUAUCAAGGAGUCCCACGCGGAUGUGACGACUACCGUCAAUGGUGUCGAGAGCUCCAUGAGAAUCUUUGUUUUCCACCCCACCAUUCCUCAGUAUCCCAACGCCCGCUUUCCUGGUGUCCUUCUCUUCAGCGAGAUCUACCAGGUCACCGGCCCGGUCGCUCGCUUCGCCCGCCAGAUCGCCGGCCAGGGCUAUAUUGUCGCCGCCCCGAGCUCGUAUCAUGACUUUACCGGUCCUGAAGCGCUGGCAUACGAUGUUCCCGGCACAGACCAGGGCAAUGCCUGGAAGACGCUUGAGUCGUAUGACGAGGACUCUUACAAGACCGUGGACUACCUCCUGAGCCUCCCAACAUGUACCGGCCUCAUUGGAGCUACGGGAAUGUGUCUUGGUGGGCACCUCGCGCUAAGGGCAGCACUGGACCCCCGAAUCUCUGCUACAGUCUGCUAUUUUGCAACAGACGUCCACUCUCGCACCCUAGGUCCUUACGACAAGCCCGAUCUCUCCGCCACUGCGCCCUCCCCGGACAGCAUCCACACCAUCGACCUCCUCGGCAAGCUCAAGGGCGAGGUGUCGCUCAUCUUCGGGCUCAAGGAUACCCAUGUGCCGGAUGCCGGCCGCGACCUGAUCCGCGCCAAGCUGCGUGAGGCCGGCGCCGUCUUCAGCUUCCACGAGUUCGCCUGGGCCCAGCACGCAUUCAUCCGCGACGAGCUCAGCAAGGGCCGCUACGACCCCGCCAUCUCAAAGGCCUGCUUCGAGGUCCUACUCGAGCUGUUCGGCCGCACUCUCAAGGUCGACCUCGGGCCCAGGGACGGAGCCCCCCAGAAGCUGGAGCACGUCUGCUAG